GUGAGCAUGAGCAGCAGAGCGCAAGGAAGCUGUGCAGAGCUCACCUCUCCUCCCCGGAGCACCACUCUCUCCAGCCCAACUCCUGCCAGACUCAGCAUUAAAAUGCAGCAGUUGCAUCUUCUCUGCUUCAGUCUCCUGGUGAUCGGAUGUAUCCUGGAUGUGCACGGUGGGAACAAUGUCCUUGACUGCUGCCUGCGGACAAAAGAGACGCCCAUCCCGUGGCGGAUAGUGCAGGAUUAUCGGCUCCAGCUGGUGCAGGAUGGCUGCAACAUCCCAGCUACUGUGUUCAUCACCACAAAGGGCAAGCGUCUCUGUGCCCCCCUCCAAGCCCCAUGGGUGGUUCAGCUCCAAAAGAAGCUGGAUGCCAGCCCUGCCAGGAAGGCCAGACCCCAGGGUAAAUAGGCUCCAAAAAAGUUCAUGGCCGGCCCCAGUGCCUGGAGUGGGGCCGGCUCCCAGCUGUGAAUCCAAAGCUAAAGGAGCCGAUCUGCUUCCACCUCUGACCUUCCUUGGGACCCAUGACAGCACUUGGGGCUGGGCAGAGCCUUGCCUGCUCUUUCUUCUUCCCUCUGCCUUUGGUGUGACCCAGGACCUGUGUCAGGCUGAGCCUGGGGCUGAGGGACCAGAGCCUCUGCUGCCUUUGCAGCCUGGGAGCUGGCUGAUGGAUUGCUCUGUGAGAUGAGUUUGGGGGAUCUCAGCCUUCCCUUCAAUGCAGCAACUGUGACCUCCAGCACCAGUUUAAUCCCUUUGGUUUCCAUCAUCAGUUCCAAACGUCCUGAAGUCCUUCUGUACCCCUGGGAAGGACUGCCAGUGUGCAACAACGUGGGGAUCGAGGAGAUGGAUGGAGAUGUUCCUCACCAGCCAUACACUGUGCUGCUCCCUUGCUGAGCACAACCUCCAUGCCCUCAAGCAGAGCACGGCCGAUGCGGUUCCUCUGUCAUGCCCUGACUUCCCUGCAUUGUUUCCCCUCCUGCCCUUCCUUGCACAGGUAGAAACAGUCAGUAAUGUGAUGGUGACAGAGUGGGCAACAAUGUUGUCCUCGGCCCUUGCACUCCUCAGGGACAUCGCCCUCCUUCUUGGUCCCCAGCCUGCCAUCAUGUUCAAAGCCUGCUCUGCACCUGGGCAGGGAUGCAUGAACUGUGUUCACGCUGCUCUCAGGUAUUAUUUGCUGCUAGGUCUGUUUGAUGCAACAAUUACGGGUGUAAGCUUCUUCUUUUCUCUCUUUUUUUUUUUUUUUUUUUUAAUUGUGCUGUGAUUUUGUUGAAUAAAAAGAAAAGCCAGUGAGUGUUUG